GGAGUGGAUCACAUUUACUGCAGAAGGAGUGAGGCACACGCGAAGUUUUUUUCUCACUGCAGAGUGGAGGUCUCUUUGAAACACCGAAGUAAUCUCAAGCAAAUCUGAUCCACAGACGAGAGACUGCGAUUAAAAAGGAGAAGACGAAAAAAAAAAAAAAAUCAGGAUCCAUCCCUGUAGGACUUCUGGAGUGCAUUACCUCCCAGUAGUCUGUGGUCUUCCCCCAGUGUCACAAAAUGAGUCUUAGUGCCACGGAGCUGGAGGAGCUGUGGGAGUCCUUUGGAGAGCUGAAUGUCUCUGACAGCUUCAGCAACAUAUCAAGAGUGGAUGUGAUGGUGUGUACCACAGCUUUUAACCGCAAUGCCCUGCUGUACUCCAUGUGCGUCCUCUACACUUUUAUCUUCAUUAUCGGAUUGGCUGCCAAUGGUCUGGUCCUCUGGGUGAACAUCCGUGCCCAAAGAGACUCCACUCCUCGCCAUGAGACGCAUAUGUACAUUGCUCAUCUAGCAGUUGCAGAUUUAUGUGUGUGCGUCACUCUUCCUGUGUGGGUGAGCUCCCUGGCCCAACAUGGCCACUGGCCAUUUGGCGAAGUGGCAUGCAAGCUCACGCACCUCCUAUUCUCUGUGAACCUCUUUGGCAGCAUCUUCUUCCUGGCCUGCAUGAGCGUGGACCGCUACCUAAGCGUGAUGCAGCACAGAGAGGAGGGAGGCACUCGCAGGAAGUUGAUCCGUCGAGCUGCAUGUUUCGGGGUGUGGCUUCUGGCUUUGGUGGCGUCUUCUCCUGAAACCUACUUCCUGCGUGCUGUGAAGUCGGUGCACGGAGACACUAUGAUGUGCAGGCCGGAGUAUCCAGAGGAAAACCACAGGGAGUGGAUGGUGGGAGUGCAGCUCAGCUUCAUCCUGCUGGGUUUUGUUCUUCCCUUUCCAGUCAUUGCAGUGUUUUACACCCUACUAGCCAGAGCUUUCAGUCGCUCUUCUUCCUCAUCAUCCUCAUCUUCCCAUUUGGAGCAGGAGCGCCGUGUGAGCCGCAGGGUAAUUCUGGCCUACAUUGUGAUUUUCCUGGCCUGCUGGGGGCCCUAUCAUGCUGCUCUGCUGGUUGACGCACUGUCACAACUGGGCCUGGUGCCACUGACUUGCGGCCUGGAGAACGUGCUCUAUGUGGCCUUGCACCUCACCCAGUGCCUGUCCCUGCUCCACUGCUGUUUCAACCCCAUUCUCUACAACUUCAUCAAUCGCAACUACCGCUACGACCUCAUGAAGGCCUUCAUUUUCAAAUACUCAACUCGAACGGGCUUGGCACAUCUUAUUGAGACUAAUAACAUGUCAGAGACUGAAUACUCAGCUGUAGAAAACCCACCACUGAUCUGACCUCAGUGAGUCUAGCAGCGUAUGAACUUGUGCUCCGCUUGAUUUAUCUGCUCUAAACCUAUCGAGCAUCUUUUUCACAGACAUCUGCUUUAGACCUAGAAAGACUUGAAGACUAAUCAAAAAGCACUUAAAGCAGUUUAAAAUAGCAGUUGAUUUACAAAUCAUUGUAGAUAAAAAGCCAAAAUUGAGUGUAAAUUGUAUGAAAUCAUUGUUUUUUGAUUAUGUAUGUAUGCUCUGUGGAUUGGUGUGUGUAGUGUGAGUGAUGUACAUUAUCAGCAGAAUAAUACCUUUGUAGUCUAUAUACUUUUGUGUAUUUAUGCAUAUUUACACUGUUUGUCUCUUUUCUGUUGUAAUGCAAACUCUUCGCACAAUUUCUCAUAUCGUAAAACAUUUCCUCAUCAUUUGCAGCUGAGCCGCUAUCUGACUCCAUUGCUUUUGUCCUGCUGCCACAUUGUGAAUAUUAACCUCAUUUUAGUCAGCAGAAGCCUUCAGAAAAAAAGAUUUUCUUUUUAAAAUCCUAAAAACAUGUUUUUACUGUUUUCAAUUAUUUUAUUUUUUUUGUAGUUGUUGCUUAAGUAUUUAUGGCACUCUUUUGGAUUAUGAAACAUCAUCUCUGAAGCAUCAGAGGUUAUGAAGCAUGCUAGCUUAGCUAAAGUUAGCUUACCACACCUUGGCCUAUUAACCUAGAAAACACCAGUUCAUAUAUUAUUUCCUUAUAAGCCAAUUAAGAAAACCUCUUUUAAAAAAUUAAGAACUUAAAAAAAAAAAAUAAAAAAAAAAUUCCUGCUUUUUUUGGACAUAAACGUUCUCCACUUUUAUCUGUAGGCUUCUGCUGAGACUACUGAUUUUAUAAAGCAAGAAUAAAAAGCUCCAGAUGUUACUGAAUACUCCUUUAUUACAUAAUACUGUCUGUUUUGUUAUGUCAGUAAAUUAUAUUGUUGAAAGUUGUGGCAGUUACACAUGUUCAUGUGUUAAUAAUUCUUUUCUGUCUGCACACAGGCCACAGACACAGUUCAUGACCUAACAACAUUAAUAAGCAGCUUGCGUCCUGUAAUGGAGGCAGCAGCUGCGGUGAACAGCUUUAGAAUAUGCCUGUUUGAGAUCAAAUUCCAUAAAUAUCAAUGUACUGAUUCAGAUUUGAUUGUUUAUCUGUACAUGAACCAAAAGCUUGACACCAAGGGAUAAUAUUUAUGUGUGCUGAGUAUUGAGAGAUACAUUUUAUUCACUGUGUUAUUUUGAUAUGAUGUCAUAGUAGGUUUUGUGUUACACUUGUAUGCCUUUUGCAAAGAUUUUAUGUAGGAUAAGAAAAGAGCAGAGACACAAACAUGUUUUUGUAAGACGACAAGCAUUCCCUUUGCAUUGUAAUGUACAGCAUGUGUUUUGUUAUAUAAUAAAAACAGACAAAAAAAA